CGACCGACAUCACGCCAGUGUUGGCAUUGCCAGAGCUUUCCAGCAAGAUACAGAUACAAUGCGCGAUCAAAAGGGGUAACAGCAUGUUAUUACUGUGUCGCCCGUAUGCCGUGGCGAUUCGCGUGUCUCAGCUCCCAUGCGGCCUCACAGGAUUGCUCAGCGGAACUCUCGCUCGCUCAGCAUUUAUGCAGAUACGCUGAGGUUGCAAUGACUCGACACGGAUCUUGCAUGCCCAUCAGAUCCGUCGGCUGCUGUACCAGCCUGACCAGCCCUGGCGACAGACAGAUGCGAUACGGAGUCCAAAAGCGCUGGACAAGACCAUCGAGUCGUCUGGUGUGA